CUUCGACUCGCGGCCAGGAUAAAUAACAGCGCUGCCCGCUGGCUAUAUAAAGGGGGUGAUGCAACCGCGCGGGGAGCUAGAGGUUCGAGGAGGCGCUCAGAGCCAGGGAGUCGCAGCGGCGAUCGCUGCCAGCCAGGAUCGGGGAACGGCGGCAGCGGCGGCACCUAUUCUGCUUUGCCUGGAGUCCCGACAACACACAUUUCGUAAAGCCCACUCUCACGAUUGCGAGUUCGCACUCCCUUGUGUUCGCUGUUUCACUUUCUGUGUAGUUCUUUGCUGCGAAGGAGAAAGGCGCGCAGAAGAACUGGAGUGAGCAGCAAAAUGAUGCUCCAACACCUGGGCCAGGUGUCUGCUUCAGAAGUCAGUGCUUCUGCAAUUAUCCCAUGCUUAUCUCCUCCGGUAUCCUUCGGCUUUGAAGAUUUCACAAAUCUGACCCCAUUGGUGAAAGAAGAAUUAAGAUUUGCCAUCCACAAUAAGUACCUGUCUCAAAGGAUGCCCUCUACUUUGGAUACAGUCAUGGUUUCUGAUAGAUCUGGUGAAACAUCUCAUUUAAAAAGACAGUGUGCCCCCGAAGAAGAUGAAAGGAAAAAACGCCGGAGAGAAAGAAAUAAGAUUGCAGCAGCAAAAUGUCGAAACAAAAAGAAGGAAAAAACGGAAUGCCUGCAGAAAGAAUCAGAAAAACUGGAAACAAUCAAUGCAGAACUGAAAGCUCAGAUUGAAGAGUUGAAAAAUGAGAAGCAGCACUUGGUCUACAUGCUAAACCUACAUAGACCCACCUGUAUUGUCCGGGCCCAGAAUGGCAGGACCCCAGAGGACGAAAGGAACCUUUUCAUUCAGCAGAUCAAAGAGGGGACCUUACAAGGCUAGACAAUAAUGAGGCAGUGCUCAUUAUUAUUCUUUAGCCAUGCUUCUUAUCAUGAAAAACAAAAUAACAACUUGCCAUCCCAAGUCAGAAGCCACAGAGAAGAAAUUUCAGCAUUUGUGGCCUCCAUUUAGCCAAUGGAAGAUGGAUUUGACAUGACUUUGCUGAGAAGAAAGGACUAUGGUAGCUUAGCUUCAGCUUUCCCUAGCAAAGACUCAGUUGGGUGGAAGAGAGCCAUAGCCUUUGCUCCAGGUCUAACCAGCUGCCACACUUGCUAUCCUAGAAGAAAUAUGGCUCUAGACUUGUAAAAUUCCUUCUGGUAUGCACUUGCAAUGUUUCUGGUAGGGCAGAAGGGUUCUCUAUGAGUACAUCUGAUGAACUACCAAGCUAAAAGGAUUCCACUCACUAGAUAAGGAAUGUAGGUGGACUGGGUUAUGUUUUGUUUGUUUUCAAAGAAAAAGAGGUUAGCAACUUCGAGAUGCAACAUUUAACUUGGGCACUGCACUUUGUUAAAAACAUGUUUUCAUAAAAGCCCUUCUGUGGGUUUUUGAUGACUCAAGUUAGAGGUGAUUGUGGGAAAAUGUGACAAGCUUCAGUGUUUUGCAGAAUUGUUCACUGAAUUAAGACUCAAUAUAUCAAACUGGAGCAAACCACUCUUGGCUUACUUUAGGAAGGGGGAAUGCCUCUUUCAAAACUCAAUUAAUGAGUCACAUUUAGUAUUCAAAAGAAUGUUAUACAACCAUGGUAUAAUCACUAGAGAUGUAAAAUUGUAUGUCUUCCUGACUUGUGGUUCAUCUUGUCCUUGAUCCUCAUCUUACAAAUGUUUCCUUGGCACAAUCUUUUUCAGAACCAGAGAAUGUAAUUGCUGGCAAUUUACAAAUAUUAAUUUAUAUGUAGACAUUCAUUAAGUGAAAAAUUGUCCACCGAUGAAGACUAUCUGUGGGACUAGAGAUGAAAUAGAGAUUAUCAUUAGGAAUAGAGAUGAAAAAGUAUGGUAAAAGUUGGCUUUGUGGUUUGGAUUUGCUUUGAUGGAAUGCUUCACAUCACACAAGCAAUGCUAUUCUUUUCAUGAGGCAACUUUUUUAUUUGCAUGUUUUAGUCUUUGAGAUCUAUUUUCUUUAAGGACAGAAUUGAAACAGUAGACUAAAUAGCUUGCAAAAAGAAUACUUUGUCCAAGCAUUACUUCUGUUAAACUUGUACAGUACAGUCAUGUACAGUCCUCAAACAGCAGCAUCAAAAUGUAGAUUCGUAGACUGGACUAGUUUACUUCUCUAUUUCACACCAAUUUUUAUAUUCUGCAACAGAAGUAUUUAAUAUGCUUUCGAUGAUCUGGAUAUAUUGUUAUGUCUAUUACAUUGCUGUGUUCCAAAUGGGCCAAACUCUUAUCUCUUUAGAGAAAUAUUUUUUCUUCCAGCAUCCAAAAGGUAUUACUUUUUCUGAAGUUUUUGACAAUACAUCCCAGUGGCCUUUGUAUAUCAAUUCAUUGACUAUACUUUAUAUGGAGGGUUAUUAUAUAACUGCUAACUUGUAGCAGUCAAAUAAAUUGGGUUUAUUUAACGAUGAUUUUGUGCACCUGUGUAGUUAUAUAUGAUUAUACCGCAUAUAACCUUCUGUAACUAUUGCUUCUCUGAAAGUAUUCACUCAAGAUAAAUGCUGUGCACUGGAUCAAAAAAUGAAAAGUGGAAGGAAAUAUGUAGCCUAUACUUCAAAUAGCACAGAAGAAUAUCCCAAUAGGUUCUGUCAUUAGAGUAACAUUUCCUUGCUUUAGUGAAAGUUGAGAAACAUGGCUAGAGCAGAGAGAGAGAGUCACCCCCCCCCCUAAAAAAAAAGGAAAGACCUGGGAAUUAUCCAUGCCCAAUUAAUUCUCAAGCAGCAGACCAAGCUACUGCAUGAAGGAAUUAGUUGAAAUCCUCUCCAUUCCAGUGAGAUGCACUGUAUUAUUACUUAUAUGCUAAAAAAGGUUUCCAAAUGUGUAUUUCUGCAUAUACAUUUGCAUAUAUGCUAGCCAAUCUUAUAAGCUCCUUUGCUCUUUUUCUUGUUUGUUUGAACAAGGGGGGAGUUGAUAUAUUUGUUUUGAUGAAUCUUGUGGUCAUCCUAUCUAUUCCAGUUUUCACAAUUACAUUUCUUCUACUUUGGAAGAACAUCUCAGGAUUUGAUUUCAUUUUGUUUAAUUAAUGAUCUAGAAUCUCAUAGACAUAUGUAGUAGAAUUUUUGUAAGUAGAAGAUAGCUUCCACUUAUACAAAGACUCCCUGAUUUCAAGGUCCCUCUUGGGUAAUAAAAAUUACCUUCAGUGCUAGCACAAUAUAAUACUCCCAAAAGCAUUUACAGACCCCCUGUCCAUACAUUUCAACUCUUUCCAAAAAACCACCCAAAAACAAUAAAAAGGUAAUUUCUGAUGCUGUUUAUAUAUGAUAUUAUAUAGAGAGAAUUAAGAUUUCUCCCUUAAAUAUUUUUCUAUGCGUGUUUGAUAUCCUAUUUAAAAUGACGCAGGCGUCAUACUGUUGCUGCUGCUUCUAUUGCUUCAAGUUACACAUAUGUUGUUAACUAGCAUGCCGAAUGUUUACUAAGGUGCUGCUAACUUUGUCAAAGAUAUUACUAUUUUAGCCGUGGCUGCUUCUGCACGUUAGUUCAUUUGAGUUUGGAGAGAGAGCAUGUGUCUCAAGAUGGUACAACAGUAUAUUUUUUUCAUCACUUGAGAGAAUAGUGGACAGAAAGACUGGAUGUAAAAUAAUCUCUAAUCCUAUUCUAUUUUCAGGACUGUACUCUGAUAGCUCUGUGACAGAGAAAAUCCACCUGAUGUAACUUUGCCUGUUUGUAAUGACUGUAGAUAUGAUCAUGGUGGAAUUUUCCCUCAUUAUCUAAAGCAUAUACAAACUCCUACAAGAUCAGAUACUGGUCUUCAGGGUGGUUAGGAGAUAUUUGAAUGGGAGAAGUGCAUGAAUGUAUGAUCUAUUUUUAUUUGAACAAUUAAUAAUACAAUAAAGAUGCUUUGUUUUUUAUUAAGUUUAUGUUUUGAUACUUUAAUAAUAAAGACUAAUGUGUGUUUUCUUCUA